AAAAAAUUUCAUUAGCGGUCAGCAAGACACUUCCGAAAGACGCUCCUGUUGUCGUUCUUGGCAUCAAGGUCUGAAUCAAGAAUUUCAGCUGUGAAAAUGGCAUUGGAUUCGUUCUUGUUUAUAUUUGCUCUGAUCGACGAAGCGACGUUGCUUUUCUUGGCAGUGUAUUUUAUCAUAACACUGUCAGACUUGGAGUGUGACUACCUUAACGCCACAUCAUGCUGCAGCAAACUCAACUAUUGGAUCCUUCCAGAGCUGAUAGCUCAGGACUUUCUGACCAUCGUCCUCUUACUCAGUGGUCACUGGGUGCUGUUCCUGAUGUAUGCUCCGCUUGGGGCAUGGAUCACCUACAAAUUUGUGGUCAACCCAUCUGGAAAUAUCGGAAUGUUUGACCCUACAGAGAUCCACAAUAGGCAGCAGCUGAAACUCUACAUGAAAGAAAGUCUUGUUCGACUUGGUUUCCAUCUUAUUUUCUUCUUUGUCUACCUGUACUGGAUGAUUUAUUCACUGGUCAAGGGAGAUGACAGCUGAAGCACAGGUCCGAGGUCCCCUCACGAUGUGAUGCCUACCGAGGAUGUACCAAGGAGACCUGUCUGUGUUAACACGAUACACUGGUCGUUCCUUUCUUUUCUUAGUUAGGUCACAAGUUUUUUAUGUAUUUGAUGAAUAUACAUGUACGUAUAGCUGCCAUGUGUUCAGGGUUCUCAUCGUGCAGGGAAUUAUUGAGAAAAUCCCACAGCUGUCAUCCUCUUGUUGUUGGUAAGAUGAUUGAUAUGUUUUAUAUGAUUAGUAAAGAUGAGUAACUCUACGGAAGAUGAUAAAGUAAUAUAAUUUAGAAACAUCAGUGGGCAUUCUUUUUUAUCUCUGCAGACUUUGUUUUCCGUUAACAAAUAAUUUAGAAACAUAGUAUUAUUUGUUGUUGAAGGAAUGCUCUGUUCGAAUGAUAUUCCAAACGACCAGGCUCCAUUAUGUGUGGUUGCAGAUUUCUUUUAAAUCACAGUGUUGUACUUAAACUAUAGACUGUGAAACCCUGGCAUGAAAUCAGGAAGUCUGGGUGAAAUCUGAUAUAACUGAACAGAUGAUCUGCAUCCUGACAGUUUGACAGGGCAUAGGGUUGCACUGCCUUGAUUUACUUUUGUUUCCUCGAGUUAGGGUAUCAUGGCUCCUUGUUUUUACAUUGGAAUGUGUUAUGGUGAAACAAAAUACUAUUGUGGUCCCAAAACACCUUAAAUUAUUUUCAUUUUUAUUAACAUAUUCAAAAAAUGUUUUGUACCAUGUACACUACUGAAAAAGUAAAAGAACAACAAAUCUUUUCAUACGACUAUAGUUACGACAAGUUAUCUGUUAUGAAAACAUUGGGUGUUUAUUUACUUCUUUUGAGUUGGUAUAUGUCGCACUGUACAGGGUAUUUCUUUUCGUGCAGUAGGUUUCUGAUUUUAGUUUGAUGUAUAUUUCAAGAAUAACCCACAAGCUACUGUUAAUUACAGGUUUUCUGUCUUAAAGGGAAAUAACUUUGCAAGUUCCAAACCUUGGCUGGAAACUUUCAUCAUUAAUUCAUAAGGGGCAGACAAUCCUGUAAUUCUGUGUUGUGAGUCGGUAUUUCUUUAUGUUACCCAGGACCCCUUGCAAUAUUUUCUGUUAUAAAAGUGGAACAUCUGCUCUGUUAGUGGACUGGUGCAAACACGUCACAUAUAAUUGUUUGUGACGUCAUGGAAAAUGGAUGAUGUCAUCUUCAGUUUUUUCCAACAGUGCUUUCAUGUGAUGCCGCCCUGCCAUGGGCACGAUGGGCAUCGUCACAAACAAUAGAACACUUGGAACGAACUAGCACAUGAAAGUUAUUAUUCUCAGUGAGAACUAGUUUGUACUGAACCCAUGCUCAUGUCACCAAAGUGACCUGCAUUGAUUUGGGCUUUCCGCCCACGUUAAGCUAAGACGUCGUGAUAUAACUGGAGUACUGUUCAAAGCAGUUUUGUAUAAUAGUAAUAAUAAUAGGUCAUUCAUAUUGUGCAUAUUUCCACACGACUCAGGCGCAUGCUCAAAGCACUAUUAUAACCCCGGUCAGUGGAUCAGUGUGCACUCAAGAAUCAUUCUCAGCUCCACAGGGAGUAUACUGCCCAACUCAAUGUGAAUUACUGAAAGUCUUUUCACCUAUAUCUAUGCCUCUUUGGGCACGAUGGGUCAUAUUAAAAAAUUCUGAAUGAAAUGUUUUGUUCCUCUUUCAAAUAUAAAUUCAAGAAAUAGUAUCUCUGUUCACAGCAUUAUUCACAAGAUCAUUUAGAAUUAGUAAAGCGGAUCUUACGUCACAAAUCCAAAGAUGAGAUCGAACAUUCCCACUGACAUCUGAUAGGAGAUUGUUUGGCUGUCGUCAUGGUGAUAAGUCCCAUGUGACACCUGGAGCAGCUGUUAUGUGUCAAAUAUUUCUAAAAAAAUUGUUUUGUAUUGCUGAAAUAACAGAGAGCAAAUUAUAUUGACAGGUGACAGAUGUGAUUUCAAGUGUAUUUAGUUCGAAGUAUUACAUAGAACAGAAUUUGACAUGAUCAUCUGUUUUCAUCACAUUGAUCACUUGUAUGUGCAAAUGAAAUUUGGUAUAAUUUAUCAUUAAUUCUAUUCUCCAUUUAAUAUCCAAAGUCCAAUAAAUACCAGGACCGUCCAGAUUCUCUCCUGUGUUUCAUCAAGAGGUUAUAUCAAACACAAAAAGAUUUUAUUUUUCAAUCUAACUUUCUCUACUUGCCACUAUGCUGUCUGGCAUUGGAGGGAAAAGCUGGUGUUGGAUUAGGUCCCCGCAACUGAUAAUCGUUGUACGGGGUCAGUGUUUGAUAUGAUUUUAAGACCCAACAAGAUGGUCGGGCAGAUGACCCAUAAGUGUUGCCUUCCCAUCUUCAAAGUUACCUGCCAACAUUCAGAUAUUGUAAAAAUUGAAAAAUCGCAAAAACAAAUCAGAGACAAAUCACAUCUAUUGCGUUUUGAUUUAGCUGAAAUAAUGCAAACAAUUACUUGAAAAUCUACAAAGAGGUUGCAAUAAAACUGAAGAUGUAGGUUGUCUUAAAAUUAUCUGCCAGACAGUCGGGCAGGUGGAGGAAAAUUUCAUGCAGCCCGACAGGAAAGUUACCAGCCACGGGCAGGUGGGCAAGCAGUUAUUUCAGAUCUAUCAGGUGGUCAGGCAAGGUGGCCUGGUUGAUUGUGUGCCAUCACACCCUGACACAAGCGUGCUUAUAACAAUCACUGGAUUGUCUGACCCAGACUCGAUUACCAUAAGGAUUGGAUGACGAUGUUAUUAGCUGUGGCUAUCUGUGUUGAGUUGCAUCCAUUGUAUAUCAUCAUACAAGGAACUGUAUGUGUUUGUG